AUGACUGUGAUAGUUUCUCAUUGGUGCAGCUAUCUGUGAGUGAUACUUUCCCACGAAGGUCGGAGGCUGGAGCAUUUCCAGAGGGCAGAGAAAAUCUUGCUGACUGUGCUGGAGAAGGUCACUGCCAUGGAUUUCAGAUUUAUAGCUGAUUAUUCAAGAAACCUGGAAGCUUUUGAAUUUGCCCUCUGUACCUCAGAGAAUGCAGUAACUGUGGGGUUUCCCUUGUGGAUUGCAGCUGAUGCCCUCUGUGAUCAUGCACUCCUAAGGCUUCAUGGAAAUAUGUUUAUGAAUUGGUUUCUGUGUCACACCCUCCUGCUGCAGGAGUGCUCUAGUAAACAGGGCCAGUCAGAGACAGUUACCAAUGGGCACCAUCAGAUGUCAGGCUGCUGUGACCUAGGAGUGCCCAAAGAAGGAGCUGGCUGGGAAAAUUGGACCAGAGAGGAUGUGUUCAGUGUGGUGGACAGCGCUGAGUGCAGGGGGCACAUAGUGCCAGGCAAGGUCCUCAGGCUCCUGAAAGAGCUAAUUGUCAUUGCCAUUGUCCACUGCAGGCACCAGUUCCUCAUUAAGCCAGGUGACCUCAGCGCUGAGAGCCUAAAGGAAGAAGGUCUGCAGCUGUCCCUGCUGCUGUCCAGUGGCCCGAAAAUGAUCAGGUUCAACAUUAUCCCUGUGGUGCAGAGAAAGCAGAGUGCUCUGAAACUCCACAACAGACGCAGAGAAGGAAGUUUUGCAGAAGGCAGCCUGCAAAAAGUAACACGGGCUGACUUCAUCCCCAGCAGCUACUAUUACUGGAGGUACUCCACCAAUUUCCCUGUCAUAAAACUGCUCCAUAUUGCAGGCACACUGAAGGGCCACCAUCUGGACAGCCUUCGCCUACUGGACCAGGUCAACAGUGAGGUCUGGAAAGAAGAGGGCAGGAAAUGAGGGCUCACAUUUAAUCACUUAAAGAUAUGUUUUCCUGAGAGACCAGCUUGGGACACUCAUGGUAUUGGAAGAUGGUGCUGCUGCAGGCCACUGAUGUUCCCUUCCCCUGAGGACUGGGAGGACCUGGAAGGGUCAGUCUAUAGGCUCCUGGUGAUCCUGCUUUGUUGCUUAGCAACCAAAAAUCUCCCCCACUUCCUGUAUUCGGAAGAAAAUCUUUUCCAAGGAGAGGAUCUAGACCUGAGUGCUUUGGAUCUAGACUGAGUCGAGGGGUUUGCCAGCUCACCAGAGCACUUCCUCAAGUGCCAUUUCACCCAAGCAAGGCAGAACAAUCACCAGGGACUAGACAAUGGUAUCAAGACCUCGCUGCAGCUCCCAGCUCAGGACGGAGCCUACUGGGACCCAGCCUACUUUGAUGUGCUGCUUAGCAAGUUCCAGGUUUAUCACAUCCAGGACAAAGAGCAGAUCUCUGCUCUGUCGAACAUCUUGUCAAAGGCCAAGAAGGUGGUUAAUGACCAGAGCUGA